AUGAUGUGCAUCGGUGAAGAGGGCGAUGUCGCUCAGUUUGGUGACUGGACGAAACGAAAUAUAAGGCUGUACGCGAUUAGAAACGGCUACGAACUGUGCCCCAAAAGUGCACAUCACUGGAUCCGUCGAGGGAUUGCAGAGGCUCUGCGUACUGAAGACUACUAUGCAGUCGACGUCCUUCUGGGAGGGUACGACGAUAAAGAAAAUAAGGCCUUCCUCGGUUCAGUUGAUUACCUUGGCAAUGGGCUGGACGACCAGCCAUAUCUGUUCCGUGGCUUCUGCGGGCGUUUCUGCUAUGCCAUAAUGGAUCGUGAGUAUAAAAAA